UAUACUUGAGCAAAUAAUGUCAGAUCAGACACCGAUAAGAAAUGAAAUAGCGUGGUUUCAUGGAAAACUUUCUCGUGAACAAGCCUACCAAAUGUUAAUCGAAGCAGGGCAACAAGAUGGGUUGUUUCUUGUUCGUGAAAGUCUAAAUACGCCAGGAAGCUUUGUUUUAUCUUUAUGGAGUGAUAAUUCGGCAUUUCACUAUCAAAUUCGAAAUCGUGGUUAUGGUCGUUUUAAUAUUGAUGAAGGACCGUUAUUUAUUGGUCUAGAUACUUUAAUAAAUUAUUUCAGAGAUCAAGCUGGAGGACUAGCUACAAAGUUAGUUCGAGGAGUUGUUGGUCGACCUCCGCCUUCGUCAAUAUGUCAAGGACUUGAAAUCAAUAAAGCUUUAUGUCGUGCUUGUGAUGUAGGAGAUGAAAAUGAGGUGAAAAGAUUACUGCAAGAUCCUAAUAUUGAUACUGAGUGUAUUAAUGAGGAAGGAUUGACGUCGUUACAUGUAGCUUGUAGGAAAGGUCAUAUAGGAAUUGCGAUGAAAUUGAUUGAGUCAAAAGCGGAUGUCAACUGUAGAGACUAUGAUGGUCGAACACCACUUAUGUAUGCAUGCCGUGGUGGUCAUCUGCAACUUUGUGAAAUUCUUGUAUUUCAUAGCAAUGCUGCAAUUCAAGAUCGUUCGUAUAGAGAAGGUCAUGUCGCUUUACAUAUUGCUGCAAUGCAGGGUCACAUUGAUUGUGUACAACUUUUGCUAAGAGCAGGUGCUCCAGCUCAUCCAAGAUCAAUUAGAGGAAACACUCCUAAAGAUUUUGCCAAAGACAAUGGUUAUAACAAUCUGGCUAAAUAUUUAGAAACAUUUGUCCCUCCAACUCCAAAGGCCAAUUUGAAGCAUUGGCUUCAUGAAAAUGUUGAUCGUGAGGUUGCUGUUUCUUUGUUAUACAAAUGGCAUUGUACUGAUGGCUUGUUUCUUAUUAGAACAAGCACGAGAGACUGGGGCGUCUAUGUGUUGACAAUGGCAGAUAGAAAUUCACCAUAUCAUUUUCAGAUACAAAACAAGGGUGAUCGAUGGUUUUAUAUUGACGAUGGUCCAUUAUUUGAAACACUUCCUCACUUGGUAGAUUAUUAUGGUGCAUUAGCUGAUGGUUUACCCCACAAGUUAACUUAUGCAAUUCAACCAUCUGGAAAUCAACUAAUUCCAAUUCAGUGCAAUCCACUACCUCUAAAAAUUCCUUUACCCAUCCCUAAUAUUAGAACUCAGUCUCCUAUCGUUAAGCCUAGAAAGCCUUCUUCCAAUAUUGAUUGUAUCGAUCGUCCUAAAACUCCAGAAGAACCUUUUCAUCAUCAGACAAACUUUGGUCGACGUCCACCUCCACCACUGCCGGUAAACAGUCAAUCUAAUUUCAAUAGACCUCCACCACCACUUCCAAACGAAGAGGAAGAUGAAAAGAAGCCGCAGACAAUAAUAAACGUGAAUGAUGUUGAAGCAGGAGCUGAACUUGGGCAAGGAGAGUUUGGUUCUGUUUUACGGGGAAUAUGGAGAAAUCCUGGCGGUAAAGUUAUGGAUGUGGCCCUAAAAACGUUACAUCCUGAUAAAAUAAUGCAAGGUGAACAGGAAUUUUUGCGUGAAGCUCGUGUCAUGUCAGGCUUGAAUCAUCCUUGUGUCGUAAAACUACUUGGUGUCUGUCUCGGACCUCCUCUUAUACUCGUUCAAGAGUUGGUAAGCAUGGGUGCUUUGCUUGAUUAUCUCUACACUUUGGCCGAAGAAAUAUGUUUAGGUGAUCUCAAACUAUGGGCAGCGCAAAUUGCUUGGGGUAUGAUGUAUUUAGAAGAAAAACGUUUCGUUCAUCGUGAUCUUGCUACAAGAAAUAUUCUUCUACAGUCUAGGAAUCAGAUCAAAAUUAGUGAUUUCGGUCUAUCAAGGGCUAUUGGUUCAGGUAGCAAUUAUUACGUUGCAUCAAAGGGCGGACGGUGGCCUGUAAAAUGGUACGCACCGGAGUCAAUAAAUUAUGGUAGAUUUUCACACGAAAGUGAUGUUUGGAGUUAUGGAGUUACACUUUGGGAAAUGUUUUCAUUUGGUGAGCAACCGUAUGGAGAAAUGUCAGGGGCUGAAGUAAUGGAACUUGUAGAAAUUCAAGGCAAGCGAUUAGAGCGUCCAGAGAAAUGUCCAGAACACACAUAUCAGCUGAUGUUAAGAUGCUGGGAUUUACAGCCUGAAAAAAGACCAACUUUUGCAGAACUACAUGAAAUCUUUAAAACAAAUCCACUAUAUUCAGAUGUUGAAAUAAACACAUGAUCGUAAGUAUAGGAAAAUUUGAAAAAAAAUGUUAAUAAAUUACCAUGUAGCAGUCAAACAACUUUUUUAAGCAUGUGUGUGUUUUUUUAAUUGUUUAAUUGGAUGAUGAAAUGAUAAUGAAAAAAUUGUAAAAUUGAAAAUUCAAUGUGUGAUUAUUUUAGCUAAUCAUAAAAUCCAUGUGCAAAAUUUAAUAGCCAUGCCAUAAUAUAUUAAUCUAUGUCAAAA